AUGGCAGACCGGGCUUCCCAGAAGCCAAUCUUAUUGCUUCCGAAACGUCCAGAAUACAGGAAACCGGUCACGGCCAAACCUUCGAGUGGCGUUCCCCCGACGACAAAUACCGAAAGUAAAUCUCCAGCUGCCGAAACCAAAUCUCCCGCUGCCGAAACCAGAUCUCCUACCACCGUCGAAAGCAAACCUCCUGAUGGCGAGAGAGAUUGGCCGUUAGGCAUGGGAGUUGAUAGAGACAAAAAUGGGCUAGCGACGGGGCUGUUUUGCCCGUUAUGUUUUGGAGAUUUGUUUCAGUACUUGAUCAGUGAGGGAAGAGGUUUCGUCAUGUGUCCGAAUAAGCAGUGCCCCUACCCAUUCGAUCGUUCAAGGGAAGAACUGCAGGAACACUUCACAUUAGUCCCUAAGUUUACGUUUUCAGAGAAAGAAAAAGGAGGCGAGGAAGGAAAAGGAAAAGAGCAAGAAGACGGGAAGUGA